AUGUUCACCCGUAAUGAGACGGUGAACACGUCGGUUACACAUGGAUUCGAAGAUCUUAUAACUUAUCAUAUUGUCAAUACAUCACUUGGUGCAAUUUCUACAUUGGUCAACACUCUUCUCAUCAUUAUCUUCAUCAGCUAUCGACCUUUUAGGACACGAUAUGUGUUACUAAUUCUUCUCAACGUGGGUGAUCUCAUCAACAGUAUGGCCAUCGUGUUGACUGGUCUCAAUCGAAUCGAACUGUAUUCAACUGCAAUUCGAACAAUGACUCUUCCAGUUCGAACUUCAUUUGAAUGUGCCAUUGAACCAUGGCUCAUUCUGAAACUCAUCGGAGAUAUUCUGAUCCCAGUCUCCACAUUCUGGAUGGGUGUCGAACGACUCGUUGCCAUCCUAUUCCCUAUUUUCUACAGAUUUUCAGUUGAUGGAAAAGCUGUGAAAUACCUCGUGGUCCCUGGAAUCAGUCUUCUCUUUGUUUUUGUUUCCAUCUGUGUUGCCUUUUAUCUCGCUUUCACUGAAAAUCAUCUCACAAGUUUCUAUUGUGGAAGGAAAGCAGCAUUUGGAGAAGGAUUCGGAACGUUCAUUUACUGCUGUAAUAUCACUUGCAACGUGGCAAGUACUAUUUUCGCAACAGCCGCUUACUUCAAAGCUUUGAGACUUUCCAAGACGCAACCAAGAAUGCAGCGACAAGUGAAUGUGAUUCGGUAUUACUUGCUUAUUUCUGUCCUUUCGACACUUCUUGUUUCCCUUCCAAAUACUAUUGCACUAUUCCAAUUAUAUGUAGAAAAGGUGAGUGACAGUCUGUCAAAACCGGCGUAUUGGAUGCAAACGAUUAACAGUGGAAUACAUUUCUUUGUGUAUUUGGCAUUGAACAAAGAAUUUCGAGCGAGAACAUUUCGAAUGUUCAAAAUGGUUCAUUCCGAAGAGAUGUCUUUGUCGAAAAAACAAUCCCCAGAUGGAUGUGAAACUCCUCUCCGCGGUUCGGCCAAAACCUUGACAGCAAGAACUGCCUGA